UCCGCCGCCACUCCCUCGCCGCGAAGCCGGGCCGAGGGGGAUGCUCCGGGUCCCACCUCCUCGGGGAGCUGCGCAUUUCCGCGCGCCAGGGUGGCCCCGGCUCCGGCCGGCCCUCGCGGCGGCCGCCCGCGUUCCGCGUCCCCGGGAAGUUGUCUCCGGAGCCCGCGGCGCCUGGGUCUCCUCCCCCUGAGCCCCGCCCCCCGCCCCGAGCUGGGAGCUGCGAGCCGCGAGCCGCGAGCCGCCCGGCCCGGGGGCGUCGCCGCUCGCUCUCUGAAGCCAGCGAGUCUCCGCUUCCCUGCGCGGGGCUCGCGUCCCCCGCCUGGCCGGGGACCCCUGAGCACCCCCGAGACGGCGCGCGCCCAGAGCGCGGGAGCCCGGAGCGCCGGGCGCCUGGGACCCCGCGGGGCCGCUGCCCAGCCCGCAGGGCUCGUCAGGGAUGCUGGCUGCGCUGUGAGCCCGGGCGCUAAGGCCAUGUCCGGCGCCCGCUGCCGGACCCUGUACCCCUUCUCCGGGGAGCGGCACGGCCAGGGGCUGCGCUUCGCCGCCGGCGAGCUCAUCACGCUGCUGCAGGUCCCGGACGGCGGCUGGUGGGAAGGCGAGAAGGAGGACGGGCUCCGUGGCUGGUUCCCGGCGAGCUACGUGCAGUUGCUGGAGAAGCCUGGUAUGGUCCCCCCUCCGCCGGGAGAGGAAAGCCAGACUGUCGUCCUUCCACCUGGCUGGCAAAGCUACUUAUCCCCUCAGGGCCGGCGCUACUAUGUCAACACGGCCACCAAUGAGACCACCUGGGAGCGUCCCAGCAGUUCUCCUGGGCUUCCAGCCAGCCCUGGCCCUCACAGGAGCUCUCUGCCUCCAACAGUGAAUGGAUACCACACAUCAGGGGCCCCGGCGCACCCUCCCGAGACUGCCCACAUGAGUGUCCGAAAAUCCACCGGCGAUUCCCAGAACCUGGGAUCCUCGUCACCCGGCAAGAGGCAGAACAAGGAAAACACCAUCACGAUAAACUGCGUGACGUUCCCUCACCCAGACACGAUGCCCGAGCAGCAGCUGCUGAAACCAACCGAGUGGAGCUACUGUGACUACUUCUGGGCUGAUAAGAAGGACCCCCAAGGCAACGGCACCGUGGCCGGGUUCGAGCUGCUGCUGCAGAAGCAGCUGAAGGGCAAACAGAUGCAGAAGGAAAUGUCGGAAUUCGUCCGGGAAAGGAUAAAGAUCGAAGAAGAAUAUGCCAAGAACUUGGCUAAGCUCUCGCAGAACUCUUUGGCUGCACAGGAGGAGGGCUCCCUGGGAGAAGCGUGGGCGCAGGUGAAGAAGAGCCUUGCAGAUGAGGCGGAAGUUCACCUCAAGUUCUCCGCCAAGCUUCACAGUGAGGUGGAAAAGCCGCUGAUGAACUUCCGAGAGAACUUCAAGAAAGACAUGAAGAAGUGCGACCACCACAUCGCAGACCUCCGCAAGCAGCUGACCAGCCGCUACGCCGCGGUGGAGAAGGCCCGGAAGGCACUCACGGAGCGGCAGAGAGACCUGGAGAUGAAGACCCAGCAGCUGGAGAUCAAGCUGAGCAACAAGACGGAGGAGGACAUCAAGAAGGCACGGAGGAAGUCCACGCAGGCGGGAGAUGAUCUCAUGCGCUGCGUGGAUCUCUACAACCAGGCCCAGUCCAAGUGGUUUGAAGAGAUGGUGACCACCACGCUGGAGCUGGAGCGGCUGGAGGUGGAGAGGGUGGAGAUGAUCCGGCAGCAUCUGUGCCAGUACACGCAGCUGCGGCACGAGACGGACAUGUUCAACCAGAGCACAGUCGAGCCUGUGGACCAACUGCUCCGAAAGGUGGACCCCGCCAAGGACAGGGAGCUGUGGGUCAGAGAGCACAAGACGGGCAACAUUCGCCCUGUGGACAUGGAGAUCUAGCCGCGUGGCCGGGGUCCUGCUGAGGAGGGGCUGCGGGUCCCACGGAGAGGAGGUGGCAGUCCCGCCAGGGGCGGGGGGGCUGCUGCCGCGCGGAGCUGCCCUCCCACCCACUCCCCUGGUCCCUCAAGGAGAGGGGAUGGGGCCGCCAGGAGGGCGGCCCCGACGGCCUGUGAGGAGCUCCCCAGUGUCCCGGGCCAAGAAGGCGGACCCACAGCCCUGCCCUUGUCCCUGAGGCAGAAGCCCCUCACUGCCCCCCCAGUUCUACGCCAUGCUUGCCACUCUGAGAACAGACUGAGGCUGGAACUCUGUGGCCCCUGCUGAGCCCCAGAGGCCCCUCCCCACCCAGAGCCAGCUGGGUCGCACACCCCUGGAAGCCCCAAGGCCCUUCCUCCAACUGGUCCCCUGUCUCCAGGGCUUUGGAGGGGCAGGGAGGGGGGUCUCUGUCUCCAAGCCAAGCAUCAGGAUCAGCAUCGUGGAUAGAAGGUACCCUUCAGCUUAGCAGCCUGCGCCCAGAAUCCUUUGCGGCCCUCCCUCUUUAGUUUCUUUCCCAUUGCAUCCUGGGCCCCCACAUUCUGGCUCUUCUCUGCUCCUGUUUAUCACCAGGAGUCUUGGGGAGAAGGCCGAGCUCCUGUUUGCCCAGACGGACCCUGCCUGGAGAGGUCAGGAUGGAACUACCUCAUUCAGCAGAUUAGCCCCGAGUCGGAGCACGGAAUCGUGUCUCCUGUUAGAUCAGGCCUUCUCUGUCAAGUGUCCCCUCUGGCAACUCACUCCUCCCGCCCUCGCGCAUCCCCAGGGCCUGGGUCAGUCCCACAAGGGAGAUGGGUCGGGGCAGGCCUGUCCACCCAACCCCCCUGCCCCCCAGAUGGCUUCACCCGCUUGUGCACCGUGAGUUGGGACCACUGUCCCUCGUAUGGCUUUCACAGGCAGGCACGGUACAGGCGUUGCAGACCCUCGUGGCCAUAGUAUGUGUCACCAUCCAGGCAGCCCGCCCCCUCGGCCCCUCAGCUUCCUCUGCACGGUCCAGAGCCCUGCACGGAGCCCGUGCUUGGUGCUGGUACCACGCUGCCCUUUCCCAUCUCCCGGGGGAGAGCCUGGGCUGAGUGUGACCUGGGAAGCUCUCAGCACUGCCACUGGGUCCUCCCUUAUCACGUCCCCCCUUCAACGUGACAUGUUGAGAAUCAGCUCGAGGGGCCCCGGAAGAGGAGGCGGCUGAAGGAGGCCACGCGGCUCGCAAGGCGCAGAUCCCAGCCUGGAACCCAGGCCCUGAGGUCCCAUCUUUCUUGGUCAUCUUUCCCACUGAUUAUCUGCAGUUUACAGGACCCACAGGUCUCUCCUAAGGGCCGAAGUCUAAGAGCACAACUCAGUAGGUUUUUCUUUCUGACGUGCAUGCUGGUCACCGGUGACUCGUUGAUCUGGAAUCUUUCGGCCCCUCUUUCAUUGAGGUCAGAAAGGCACCCUCGUGGUUAUAGGAGAAAGAUGCCCCAUAUCCUAAAGCAAACCAAGCUUUUUUUUUCCCCUUACUGAAACCUCCCAACCGAAAAGGUCAGUGCAAAGACGUCCCCAGCAUGAAGGCCAGCGGGACAGCUCUGUAUCAGGUACAGAGACCCCUCCUUCCAGUCUGGGGUGGGGCCGUGACACCAGCCACCAGUUUGGGGAUAUCGUUUCUUGGUUUCUUUAUAUAUAUAUAUAUAUA